AUGUGGCUGAGCGAUUCCCAAAAAAUUGGUAUUGCCCUCGUGGCAUUUGGCAUCUUCUUCCAGUUCCUCGGAAUAAUUCUCUUCUUUGACGGCCCCUUCCUCGCCCUCGGAAACAUCCUCUUCCUCUCAGGACUGCCGCUCAUCAUCGGUCCAACCAAGACAUUCUACUUUUUCUCCAGGCGUGAAAAGUGGAGAGGGACUCUGUGUUUCUUUGGCGGAAUAAUACUUGUGUUUGCCAAGAGACCGGUCUUUGGGAUCGUCAUCGAAUUCGUUGGAUUCGUGGGGCUCUUUGGCUCAUUCUUCCCCGUCAUCCUCCAAGCCCUCCGUCAAGCACCAGUGAUCGGACCAGUCUUGUCGCUGCCAUACAUUCGCGGGGCCGCAGACAAGCUGGCGGGUGUGCGUCAGAGUGCUGUGUGA